AUGGAAAAACGCAAAGCCGCGGGCAUGCUGGCCCUACGUCCCGCGCCGCCGCCGCUAGAUGCGCUGCCCCGGCGGGAGCCCUGCAGGGUCUCCGCGCUUCAGGACGUCCGGGACUGCGCACGGAGUCGGCCGUGCCCGUCCCUGCCGCUGGGGGGCGUCGGCGAGCCCGCCUUUCUGCGCCAACGCAACGAGCGCGAGCGGCAGCGCGUGCGCUGCGUGAACGAGGGCUACGCGCGCCUCCGCCAGCACCUGCCUCGCGAGCUGGCCGGCCAGCGCCUCAGCAAAGUGGAGACCCUACGUGCCGCCAUCAGGUACAUCAAGCACCUGCAGGAGCUGCUGGAGCGCCACAGGCCGGACUGCAACAGCGAUGGCGAGUCCAAAGCAUCCUCCGGGGCCUCGCCCUGCAGCGAGCCAGAGGAGCGUGGCUAGCAGCGCCCUUGCCCACCAGGCU